UGACAUUUCAUUCAUCGCUAUUGAUGUCAUUCUUUUAAAUUUAUUCUUAUGAUCCUAUUUUUGAAUAAAAACUAUUUAUAAAGGAAUUAGCAUAACAAAACUACGAUCGUAGAAUAUUUUGAACUACCACAGCGGAGGAAGUGGCUUAAAAUGUCUUUGCAAUACUUAUUAUCCUUUAUUCUUUUGUUGACACACAACAUGGUAUUGCAUUGUGCAUCAGCUGCAGUUCACAGCCACAGUGUUGAUAAUCUAGAGCGCGAAUCUGAUGGCAGCUUCCGUGCUAGGGACUUCGAUCACUACAGCGACUCUGGACACAACUCGGAGUUCGACCACGAAGCCAUAUUAGGCAGUGUCAAAGAAGCUGAGGAGUUUGAUAAACUAAAGCCCGAGGAGUCGAGGCGCCGGCUGGGCCUGCUGCUGACCAAGAUGGACCUCAACGGGGACCAGUAUAUUGAUAGGAAGGAACUUAAAAGUUGGAUAUUAAAGUCCUUUAUAAACUUGUCUAAAGAAGAAGCUGAGGAGCGCAUGUCCGAGGUGGACAACAACCGUGACGGGCUGGUGACGUGGCCCGAGUACCUGCAGGACGCGUUCGGAGUGGACGCCGAGGAAGAGAUCAGCCCCGAAGACACCGGGGACACUGGCAUGUUGCUGCGUGAGGAGAAGGCCAUGUGGUCAGUGGCGGAUGGCAAUGGCGAUGGCGCUUUGGAGUUUAACGAAUUCAAAGUGUUCACCAACCCCGAGGAGCACGAAGUGAUGUUCCCGUUCCUGGUGAACCAGACGCUCCGUGAGAAGGACACCAACAAGGAUGGACGCAUCGACUUCAACGAGUACAUCGGUGAAAGGGGGUCCAACGAAGACAAGGCGUGGAUUAUAUCAGAGAAGGACAAGUUCGAACACGACCUGGACGUGAACGGCGACGGCGUGCUAGACCUCACCGAGAUACGGCAGUGGGUCGUGCCCGACAACGACGAGAUAGCUGAAGAGGAGGUGGACCACCUGUUCGCGACCGCGGACGACGACCACGACGACCUGUUGUCCUUCGACGAGGUCCUCCGCCACCACGACGUGUUCGUAGGCAGCGAGGCGACCGACUACGGCGGCGACCUCUACGGGGAACAUUUUGGCGACGAGCUGUGAACGUCGCUCACCUCACCAGGUUUUACUAGUGCUGAGGCAUCAAUCCUGUUGGCACAACUUAUUUUAUAUGGCAAGUUUACAUUAAGUUAGUUGUGGACUUCAAACUUGAAACAAAUCAGUGCUUACCCAAUGCUGUCUAACUCACAAAUUUUAAUAAUAUGAUUGGCACAUACAUAAAAACACAAUGACAACAUACUGUCUUUCUGGCCAUGUAUGUGUCGGCUUGUCCUUGCAGAAUGGGUAAUUCCAAGUUUAAUGAAUACUUUUUUAUACAACAAUGGCAAACAAGCUGAUGAUCCAUCUGAUGGAAAGUGGUAACCGUCGCCUAUAGACAUGAACAGUACCGUGGACAUAACAGAGUAUACUGUUUCGCCCAUGAUACCCCCCAUGCGUUGCCAUUCCUGAGGAAACUGGAUACGGAGGAAUUUAUAUAUAUAUAUA